CAUCUAUGCAAUAAAGAGCAGGUCCACUGCAACAGAUUGCAUCCUCCUCGUGUUCUGGAUCACUAGCAGGCAGAGAUGAACGGCACUGAAGGAAACAACUUCUACAUCCCCAUGUCCAACAGGACAGGGCUUGUGAGGAGUCCGUACGAAUAUCCUCAGUAUUAUCUUGCUGAGCCAUGGCAGUUUAAACUGCUCGCCGUCUACAUGUUCUUCCUCAUGUGCUUUGGGUUUCCCAUCAAUGGCCUUACAUUGGUGGUAACAGCUCAACACAAAAAGCUGAGGCAACCUCUCAACUUCAUUCUGGUCAAUCUGGCUGUGGCUGGCACCAUCAUGGUUUGUUUUGGAUUCACGGUCACUUUCUACACAGCCAUUAAUGGAUACUUUGUUCUGGGACCAACUGGCUGUGCGAUUGAGGGAUUCAUGGCCACACUGGGAGGGCAAAUUUCCCUUUGGUCACUCGUGGUGCUGGCCAUUGAGAGAUACAUUGUGGUUUGCAAGCCAAUGGGGAGUUUCAAAUUUUCAUCCAACCAUGCUUUCGCUGGGAUUGGAUUUACAUGGAUAAUGGCCUUGUCUUGCGCAGCUCCUCCUCUGGUUGGCUGGUCAAGGUAUAUUCCAGAGGGAAUGCAGUGUUCAUGUGGACCAGACUACUACACCUUGAACCCUGACUACAAUAAUGAAUCAUAUGUCCUCUACAUGUUCUGCUGCCACUUUAUAUUUCCAGUCACCACAAUCUUUUUCACCUAUGGACGACUUGUUUGCACAGUCAAAGCGGCUGCAGCUCAACAGCAGGAAUCUGAAUCCACUCAGAAGGCUGAGAGAGAAGUGACCAGAAUGGUCAUCCUGAUGGUUCUGGGCUUCCUGGUAGCUUGGACUCCUUAUGCCAGUGUUGCUGCUUGGAUCUUCUUCAAUAGAGGAGCUGCUUUCAGUGCUCAGUUCAUGGCUGUUCCUGCCUUUUUCUCAAAGAGCUCUUCCAUAUUCAACCCUAUCAUUUAUGUGCUUCUAAACAAACAGUUUCGUAAUUGCAUGCUGACCACUUUAUUCUGUGGAAAGAAUCCUCUCGGUGAUGAUGAAUCCUCUACUGUGUCCACCAGCAAGACGGAGGUGUCUUCUGUAUCUCCAGCAUAGACUUUUUGAACUUCUUUGUGGAUUAUAUUCGAUUAGUCACUGUGCAAUUCGGGCAUCUGCAAAAAUAAAAAAGGAAACAAAAACAGCAUUGAAUUAGUUGAUCUAUCUCAUACGAUUGUUCUAAUUAUGAUUAUUAAACUGGUGAACUCACAAAUGGGUUAUCGGUGAACAUUUUUUAUGAAGGCUGUCAUUUAUACUGUAUCCUUGGGUUAAAAUCUGUAUAUAUUUUGUAAAUAAUGAUAAAAAAUGGAUAGGAAUAAAUACUGGCAUUAAAA